AUGUUUCCGUCAUUCUCAUGGCUCCCUUCAUUGCCUUCCAUCGACUUCAGUCUCCCAUCAAGCAUACAGAAACGCUUCAUUUCAUUUGCCCUCCGACAGUCCCUAGGACAUCUAUUGAAGCCGGGCCAGCUCGAUAUCCAGCAAGUUGAUUCCCAGAUUGGCUCAGGUUACGUGCAGGUCCGGGACCUCGAGCUGAAUAAUGAGGCCAUUAAUGCGCUGAUUUCUGGCCUUCCAAUACGAUUACACGAUGGCUCCGUAGGCAAGGUCACCGCUCGCAUCCCAUGGCCAAAUCCCCUUACCUCCUCCGUCGGCCUUUCGCUCGAGUCUCUCCAUUUGACAUUCUACCUUGAGCCUACUGUCUCCCCACAAUCAAAGCGUCCGUUUGUCGACAAUCUUGCCGAGUCGGUCGCGUCUGUUGCGGAAACCUUCAUUCAUGAGGAGCUCACUCCCAACGAAGAGGCUACCCUACGAGAAUCUAUGCAUACCGAGUUCAAUCCAUCCUCUGCUGCGUCUGUCGAGUCACACGACCCGUUGCCUGGCGGGCUCGAUCCCUUCAUGUCUGAAGAGGAAGUGCACUUCAGCGAAGCCGAUCCUCCUGGUGUCUCCAUAUUCGCGACUCUCAUUGAACGAUUGCUCGCCCGCUUUCAAUUUGACGCGACUGAUACCCGGAUAACAAUCGUCAACCCGCAGCAGGCCAGCUUCACACUUAUCGUUCCAGACAUCCGAUACAGCACAGAUGUACCUGUCCGUGCUGCGGAUACCUCGACAUCUCCAUCGUUGGAGGCCUGUCCAGCAGGAGAGGUGCGCAAGGUAACGGUGUCAGGUGUUACCGUGACUUCUCGUUGCUUGCGUCCAAUGAGCCCUCAGCCAUUGACCCCUCCGCCAGUUCUGACCCCCAAGACCGCUUCACCCACCACCCCCGUUUCGCCCGUAUACGAGCGCCAUCCCAGUCCACCUUACCCUGGACCCAUUUUUGUUCCUCCUAUAGAGACUCCUUUGUCAUCUGAACUAGGCCCCGAGUCUCCGAUGAUCACGGUCGAGCCUCCGGUAGAGUCAGAGGCAUCGCCGCCGGCUUCAGAUGAAUCUGACAUGGACGAAGAGACGCAGAUGUACAUGUCGCAGUCAAUCGUUGCACUCCCUCCGCGAUCUGGGUCCCCGGCGAGCUCUGUGGACAGCAGCAUGUAUCAGAGUGCGGUGGACACUACAGAGCCCGACCCUGGGCUUGAUGACAUUCCGGAAGAAGAGCCUCCUCAAUCGCGUAGUCCCACACCGUCAGACCGGUUUGCUCAGCCUUCUCCCUCGCCUCCCUUGCCUGGCCCAGCCCGCCCGCCGGGAAAUAAUGAGGCGCCUCGUUCACCCAGUGUGGAGGAGGCUCCGGCCCCGUCGCAGCCGAUACCGCUGCCACCGCCGCGCCCUCUGAAGCUACGUACGAUGGAGAUCGAGGACGAGACUGUUCUGUCCCUGGGUUCUGAACCCAUCGAGCUACGCCUCAUUACUCCCCCUCCGUCCCGUCCCAUCCCGCCGUCCCGUCCUGCACAGUCUGGAGCACCCUCGGGGUUCCACGACGCACAUCCGCAAGGUCGCGUCAAGUCCGACGCUACUACUUUUCGUCAAGACAAAAUUCGCAUUGAGCUCACGAUGGGUACCAUUGCAUGUGCUUUCAGUGCUCGGCAAAUUCGGAACAUUGCGGACAUCGCGGAAUUAUGGAUGUCGCACAGCACACCCCCUCCCGCCGAGCCCCGCCGAUCUGGCGACGCAUCGUUACCUCUCCCGUUCGACGACAUCGAAGGGAACGUACGCAUCCGUGGCCUCGUCCUCCUCCUCCUGCCAGCCUCACGGUCGUCCGCUUCGAAUCCAGAUGACGCGCUGACUCAGUACUUCGCUCGGCCACUAGUCGCCCCCCAUCUGCAGCGAGGCUAUACUCGAGUACAUGUCGAAGGCAUCUCGGCGUCCUUGUCGUUGAAGCGUGCAGAACCACCCAAGAGUAGGCGCAUGUCCUCCAAAGGAGAUUCUCCUUCCACAGGCGCAACAUUCACGAUCUCAGAUAUCUCUGCGUUCGCUCUCCUCCCCCGGUCUGGUCCCAAUGCGGAGAUGACCACGUCCCCGAUCCUCAUCACCGAUCCACUCCUCCCCUCACAGUACCCUACCACACAUCUGCACCCAUCCCUUGUUCUGACGACGGAGCCAAGUGCCUCGCUUCCUAGCUUUGACAUAGUAGACUGGACCGAUCCCGCCCAGCGGAGCACAACUGCUAAGCUGUCUCUGUGGCGUACAAAGCUGAUGCAGCACACGUCUGCUGCUGCUGGUGACCGGUCUGCAUCGCAGCAGCCUGAUCGGGAUGACUCUCCCUUCUUGUCUUCGCCUCCAAACAGUCCUCCAAGGAGAACAUCAGAGCUUCCGAAGCCAUUCAGUCCGCCGACCGCACGUCCAAUACCUGUUAUGCUGCCGUCGUCCCCUGGCAGACUUGGUCUGGCCGGCGCAUUUGCCCCCCCUGGUAGGAGCAUCCAGCCGCCCUCGAAGCCGUCUGCUCCUGCUCUGUCGGUCAAGUUCCGCAGUGCACCUCCUCGUCCCAAGGAGGGUCGCGCCGAUGCGGAAUUGCAGGUCACUUUGGCCCCACUCCACAUCUUUUUGGAUAUGGGACUUAUCCUGGCCCCUCGCGAGCACGGGAAGAGUGAGGUGCUUCAGUUUGUCGACGAGCUUACCGCUUCGCCGAGGACUGUGGAUGCUGAGGAAGUCGUGUCCCCCGAUCCGGAGGAAGGUGUCUUCGAAGACGACUAUGUGGAGGAGUAUCGUCCGUCGACGCCUCGAGGACCUCGGUCGCAACAAGAUCGUGAAGCUGAGAGGGAGCGAGAACGGCGCAGGCUGGAGCAGCUCGUCUUGGAAGAUCUCGACCUUGGGUAUGACUAUCAAGGGCAAGCCGGAGUUCCUCCUACCCCAACUUCCCGACGUUCAGGACAGCCCCAGAAGAGAAAGAGGUCGAAGCCCGAGGGGCCUGCGAUCUCUGUCAUCCUUCCUGCCCUACGUGUGGAGAUCCGCACUCCGCCUCCGCCGGACCGUUCCCCUCGUGCGGGUGCUCUCGUAGUGGACAUACACGAUUUGCGUCUCUGUCCCGGAGCAGCCGUCCAGCAAGAUGUUGCACCGACCGCCAGGUUCGGCACUGCAGAAGAUUUGUAUGGCAAUGAUACUUCCAGCCAGCGAAGAAGAGCGCGGGACAAUGUUGUCCUGGGCGCGAGCUGGAAGCGAAUCGUCGUGGCGUGCUCGGUCGUUGGAGAGUCGAAGGCUCGUGCAAUCUUGUCGCUCGGUUCCCUCGCGUAUAGGGAAGGCGAUCAAGCACCGCAAUUUGGUGUCGGUACCCCUCCCACGAGAGAAUCGGGCGCUCGUAGUCUCCGGCCAGAGGUAGUCGUCAGCCAGACGACAGCUGUGUCUCAACAGGAUGGUCACCAAUCUGUCAACAAGACGGCCGUUUCGGUUGACCUUCCAUCAAUUCAUGUCGAGCUCUCCAAACCCCUCAUCGACAGUCUGCAGCUGUGGGCGGACGAUCUGACACAGCUAGCGGAGGCUGCAUUCGCGGGGCGGCCGGGUCCAGAUACUGGCACGCAACGCGGUAGUGGCGACUCGAGUCUGAUCGGUAGCCGGUACUUCGCUCGAGCAAGCACAGUAGGCAGUAGUACCGAGAGCGGUAGUGCGAGUCUCGCCAACACCAUCAGAGCUAAACCGGAGCAACGCAGCGAGACCGCUGUGAAGCUCGCUAUCACAGAAGUGGCUGCAAGACUCCUGAUACCAAGGGAGGAGACCGGACAAGUCAUCGCCGUCCGACCCUUUGAUAUCACUGCCUCUGACGUCGAUGUGCUCCUUGAGCUCAAGCCCGAGGGCAAGGACGAGACUGUGGCGACUAUCGGUGUCAUGGAUUUGAAUGUUCACGACCUAUCGACGACCGGCCGCAACUGUUUCCUGUCGCUUACCACUCCUCGCUCUCUGAUUACCACCGCACGGUCGGCCCUCAAGCUCCGCUUCACGUCUCUCGUCGUACCAGAGACCACCGCGAAGGAAUCCAGAGUAAGGCUCACUGUGGACGGGAUCACCUACAAUUUCUACCCAGAUAUCGCAUGGGCCACCGACCUCAGCCAUUUCUUCAAGGCGCCUCCUGGGGCUUUCGAGUCCGUAGUCCCCAGUGAACGAACGCGCGUGAACGUGAAGGUUCAUGACACAUCAAUACGGGUAUUCGCACCGACGCACAAGGGUGCCUUACUACCGUACAUCGGAGAGCUGGAGUUCUCAACUGUCAUCGAAGGCAAUUCGCCAAACAUGUCAAUGAACCUAGGCGUGCCGUCGUUCUCCCUGCUGUGUAUCGAUGACCUCUCGAGCCAGGACGGAGAUGUCACACCAGCGCGUGCUUCGUCUGCUUCACAUGGUGUUCCCUUCUGGAAGGCCGAGGGAUACGCACUGAUCACAGAGAUCUCGAACCUUGUGCUGUCCUUCAAGCGGGAUGCAUCUGUGACACCUGCUGACAGCCGACUGGCUAUUGACCGUGGUGACCUCCGGCUACACAUAUGUGCUGAUACGAUGGGUGCCCUGGGCACUUUCAUCAGUGACCUCUCCUCCGCUUUCAAGUCUCCUGACGUAGAACCCUCUGAGCCGAAGCCGAAGCGCGAGCCUUCAAAUGUCACGGAGAGGCCAACACCCGCCCGUGGGCUUCUUGCAUCUCUUGACGAGCAAGCAUUUAGGCGUCUGCCAGAAGUUGGAGCUGCUCCUGAUAUGAUCGAGGACGACUUGCCAACGAACGCAGAUUACCUUGAUGAACACUUUGGUGCCGCUGCGGGUCUUCGGGACUUCAGCGACGAGGAGUUCGAGGUGUCAGACCUGGAAGGCUCUUACGUUCAGUCUGCUCCUAUAGGAGGUGCCAAGAGCCCAUCGUCUACAUUUGGUGGUGAGACCAUCAGAAUGCUCCGACCCGAAGGCUUGCGUAUCGUUGAGAACUACUUUGAGACUCUCCCGCCUGAUCCAGGCGAGGCUGCGAGCUUGGGAGACACUGUCAUGCAGGCUCGGCUACAUGAGUUCAACGUCAAUCUUCUCCUUUACGACGGCUACGACUGGGUUCGUACAAGGAAGAUCAUCGAAGAGAAGCAGAAAGAAAUGCGACGCAAACUCGCAAAGAUUCGCCAAUUGGUGGCCAGCGGGCAAACGCCGGAUCCGAGCGUUGAGGAGACGAAUACCCUGUUAUUCAACUCUGUCUACAUUGGCUUGGACCACAAUGUGGACGAGCUGGAGCCUGGGGCGCUCAUCGCAGCCAUCGACGAGGAAUUGAACGAAGAGUUCGAGACCAAUACCCAGAGUUCUUGGCAGUCCCUCAAGCCGCAGCCGUUGGCUUCCCCGGGGAGAGGCGGCACUCAUCAUACCAAACCGCAUCGCAAGCGUCUCCAUAGGUCUAAGGGGCCCAGCAUCGAGAUCAAGCUCAUGAAUGUCGAUGCGGAAGUCGACCAAUAUCGUCCAGAAGGUGCGCUCGUCUCUCGCACGUUCGCCACAAUCAAGGACGUCGAGAUCUUGGACCAUAUCAAGACAUCGACUUGGAAGAAGUUCUUGACCAGCCUCCGCGCCGACUCGCGGGGAAAUGUCCGUGAGACAGACUCGAACAUGGUUCGGGUCGAGCUGCGUAUGCUCCAUCCUGUUCCAGGUCAUCCGUCUCAGGAGGCUAGGCUUCGGGCGAAGAUUCUGCCAUUGCGGCUGCAUGUAGAUCAAGACGCUCUUGACUUCCUGAAGCAGUUCUUCGCCUUCAAGGAUCCUGAUGCUGCUCCUCCAGCGAGUGUUGAGCCAGCGGAUGAGAUCUACUUCCAACAAGCCGAGGUCUUCCCUGUCGACAUCAAGUUGGACUACAAACCGCGGCGGGUGGACUACCGGGCGCUACGGGAGGGUCGCACCAUCGAGCUGAUGAACUUCUUCCACUUCGACGGUGCCGAGAUGACCUUGCGACACAUUACGCUGAAAGGGAUCACCGGGUGGCCCAGGUUCUUCGAUCUGCUGAACGAUCUAUGGACUCCGGAUGUCAAAGCCACUCAACUAGUCGAUGUGAUCUCCGGUGUUUCACCCAUUCGCUCUGUCGUCAACGUCGGGUCUGGAGUUGCGGACCUUGUCCUGCUACCCAUCGCUCAGUACAAGAAGGACGGGCGUGUUUACCGCGGGUUGCAGAAAGGCACGAACGCAUUCAUCAAGUCGACGGCCAUGGAGGCUAUCAAGCUUGGCGCUCGGCUCGCGACGGGAACCCAAGUCAUACUGGAACAGGCCGAGACCGUCCUUGGCGGUCAGUUCAGCGAUGAGGUCAUGGCGGAAGCCCUUCAGGUGCCUACUCCGAUUGAGCUCGAUGAAGACGAGUUGGACGAGGAGACCAGGGACUUGAUCAGCAAAUAUGCUGAACAGCCGGUGAACGUGAAGGAGGGUGUGCAGUCGGCGUACAGAAGUCUGAGGCGCAACUUCAAUUCAGCGGCCCAGACCAUUCUCGCAGUACCUAUGGAGGUAUACGAGCGCUCAGGCAAUGAGGGUGCCGUCCGCGCGGUUGUACGUGCAGUGCCUAUCGCCGUACUGAAGCCCAUGAUUGGUGCAACAGAGGCAGUCAGCAAGACGCUGCUCGGUCUCCAGAACACGCUAGAUCCGAACAUUCGCCAGGAGAACGAGGCGAAAUACAAGCAACGAUAG